AUGCAUAUUCAGUCUCUUCCAAUGACAACGGGGGCAAGUCCGAUUCAGUGGCCAACUUACAACCUCAGCCAUCCCUCAACUCCAUCCAGAGCUCUCCUGGCCCCAAGCGCUCAACCAACACCCUGAAGAAGUGGUUGACUAGUCCUGUGCGCCGGCUGAACAGUGGGAAGACCGAGAGCAACAUCAAGAAACAAAAGAAAGUGCGAGAUGGCAGGAAGAGCUUUGACCUCGGCUCACCGAAGACUGGAGAUGAAACCACUCCUCAAGGAGACAGUGCAGAUGAGAAGAGCAAGAAGGGUUGGGGCGAAGAUGAACCAGAUGAAGAGUCUCACACACCUCUUCCUCCUCCUAUGAAGAUUUUUGACAAUGAUCCAACCCAAGAUGAGAUGUCCUCUUCUUUGCUAGCUGCUCGACAGAGCUCCUCCGAUGUGCCAACUGCUGCGGAUCUUGUCAGUGCAAUAGAAAAGUUGGUCAAAAGUAAGCUGACCCUUGAAGGAGGAUCUUACCGAGGAAGCUUAAAAGAUGCCACUGGCUGCUUAAAUGAAGGAAUGACACCUUCAACUCCCCCCCGAAACCUUGAAGAGGAACAAAAAGCCAAAGCAAUGAGAGGCAGGAUGUUUGUCUUAAAUGAGCUGGUACAGACUGAAAAAGAUUACGUCAAAGACUUGGGAACUGUUGUGGAGGGCUUCAUGAAGAGAAUCGAAGAAAAAGGAGUUUCUGAAGAUAUGAAAGGGAAAGACAAGAUUGUAUUUGGCAAUAUUCACCAGAUCUACGACUGGCACAAAGACUUUUUCCUGGCUGAACUGGAAAAAUGUCUGCAAGAACCUGACCGUUUAGCACAGCUUUUCAUCAAGCAUGAGCGGCGGCUGCACAUGUACGUGGUGUAUUGCCAGAACAAGCCACGAUCAGAAUACAUAGUAGCCGAGUAUGAGGCAUACUUUGAGGAGGUCCAACAGGAAGUAAGCCAGCGACUAACCAUCAGUGACUUUCUGAUCAAACCCAUUCAAAGAAUAACUAAAUAUCAGCUUCUUCUCAAGGACUUCCUGAGGUACAGUGAAAAAGCUGGUCUAGAGUGCUCCGAUAUAGAGAAAGCAGUUGAAUUAAUGUGCCUUGUACCGAAACGUUGCAAUGACAUGAUGAACCUGGGCCGCCUCCAAGGCUUUGAGGGCAAGCUGACAGCUCAAGGCAAGCUGCUGCAGCAGGACACUUUCUAUGUGACUGAGCAGGAUUCUGGAGUUCAGUCUAGACCAAAGGAGCGCAGAGUGUUUCUCUUUGAGCAAAUAGUUAUCUUCAGUGAACUCCUUAGAAAAGGAUCUUUAACACCAGGCUACAUGUUCAAGAAAAGCAUAAAGAUGAACUACCUUAUCAUUGAAGAAAAUGUGGACAAUGAUCCCUGCAAGUUUGCUCUAAUGAGCCGGGAAACAUCAGAGAGAGUCAUUUUACAGGCAGCUAAUCCAGAAAUUCAGCAAGCUUGGGUACAAGACAUCAACCAGGUCCUGGACACACAAAGAGAUUUCCUAAAUGCCCUGCAGUCUCCCAUAGAGUACCAGCGCAAAGAAAGUAGCUCAGCAGUGCUGAGGCCCCAGACCAGUAGGGUCCCUCAGCCCAACAGCAGACCCUAUUCUUCUGUUCCAGUAGGGUCUGAGAAGCCUUUGAAGGCUACAAGCCGUAACCCAUCUCUCCCACCCCUGAAGAUAUCUACCUCCAAUGGCAGCACAGGGUAUGAACAUUCACAGCCCGGAGACAAGUUUGAACAAAGCAAGACUGAUUUGGGAGGGUGCAAUGGGACCUCUUCCAUGGUGGUGAUUAAAGAUUACUAUGCACUGAAGGAGGACGAGAUCUGUGUGAAUCAAGGAGAGGUGGUUCAGAUCCUUGCUAUCAACCAGCAGAACAUGUUCCUGGUGUACCAGCCUGCAAACGACCACUCCCCGGCUGCUGAAGGAUGGAUCCCCGGCAGUAUCUUGGCUCCCCUCACUAAAUCCACUACAGAUAAUAGCGACGGAAGCAUCAAGAAGUCAUGUUCAUGGCAUACCCUGCGCAUGAGAAAGCGGGCGGAAAAGGAGAGCAGUGGCAAAAAUGAAGCCAAUGGGCCACGUAAAUCCAAGGAUAUUCUGGGGAACAAAGUCUCUGUUAAA